AUGAUCAUGGGAGGAUCCCAGUACUGCAGGGACUCGGUUUCGGCCAUCAAGGCCUACCAACGGAAAGCCGAGUCAACUGCGAAGUAUCCUCCACGAUUACCUCCUCAAGACGGACGGAACACCUCGAUAACAUUCACCGAAGAAGAGGCGUACGGAAUCGACCAACCUCACUGUGAUCCCUUGGUCAUUGAUCUCGUAAUAAGAGAUCUCGAAGUCGCAAGAAUACUUAUCGACACCGGAAGCACGGUAAACCUAAUCUUCCGCGAUACCUUGAGAAGGAUGGGCGUCGAGCUCGGAGAAGUUACCUCGGUACCGAAACCGCUCACGGGUUUCUCCGGACAAACGUCCAUGACCUUGGGAUCGAUUCAGCUACCCGUCAUAGCAAAAAAAGUUACCAGGAUAGUUGACUUCGCGGUGGUAGAUAGCCCGGCUAUUUACAACGCAAUCAUGGGAACUCCAUGGCUAAACGCUAUGAAGGCCGUACCCUCGACUUAUCACUUGGGCAUUAAAUUCCCAACCAGGACUGGAAUUGCCGCAAUUUGGGGUUGCCAAAAACAGUCGCGACUUUGUUUCCUAGCGGAGCAUAAGUUGAGACAGAUCACGACAACCUCUACGGUUAAACGCAAGCGAACUCAGCCUUCCGCCGAAGACAAAGAGACACCUCCCGCGGAAGCAGAUACGGAGAUCGGAACCAUCCCCAACUCCGAAGACAACGUCACAACUCAGUGGGAAGAGGAAAAUCCCGAGGUGAACGUCGACCCCACAACUAAAGCGGUCGACGGAAAACCAACCGACGAGUAA